AUGGAGCAGCCGCUGUUCAUGCACUUGUACGCUUACGAGGGCAGCCUCUACUCCGAGCCCGGCGGGGGCGGCGGCCUGAAGGUGGAGAACGGCAUGGACAAGGUCGAGGCGCGCAUGAACGAGGGCGUCACGAUGCUGAGCUCCCUGUGGUCCGGGGGCAUGCGCUGGCUCGACGGUGCGGCCUCGGACGCACCCCCUGAAGGACAACAACAUCAUGGAUGGAAAGUGUACGUGGGAUGGGGAUUGCUCCGGCUACACCAUCUCCGGCAUUGCCAUCGAGGACAUCGUCGAGAUCGAUGCCAACGUCAUCUUGAUGAAGUGACACCAUCUCAUUCAGUUGUUGCCAGGCAGGGGGAGCUCCGAAGGGGCCAGUAG